AUGUCGUGUUUUCUACCGUUAGCAGCAGCCAUCUAUUGGCCCCACCUGUCAUACAGUGCCUCACCUGCCUUAUCUUCUUCAACCAGUGCCGUAGAUGAUGAGGAACAUCUGGACUACAGCUCCGGAAAAGUGACUAUCAUACCCGAUCUAAAGUGUUGGGAACAGAAAUUGGAGGAAGCGAAUGAACUUGGGCAAACAGUUGUGGUAAAGUUCAGUGCAACUUGGUGUGGACCAUGCAGGAAUGCUGCUCCAGUAUACGCCGAGCUUUCUUUGAAGCAUUCUGAUCUUGUUUUCGUCUCCAUUGACGUAGACGAACUGCCGGAAUUGGUCACACAAUUCGAUGUACGUGCAACUCCAACGUUCAUCUUCAUGAGAGACAAGAAGGAGAUCGACAAGCUGGUUGGCGGCAACCAGGAAGAUCUCCAGAAGAAGUUCGAUCCAUACUGCCAGUGCCAGUAG